AUGGAAACUCAGAAAAUUCUUAUCACCGGCGCCACCGGCUUCGUUGGUGGCAGCGUAUUAACAACGAUCCUCGCAAACACGUCCCUUGCAAAAUUCCCCAUCACAGCCCUGGUCCGCACUCAAGCUCAGGCCUCGACUCUAUCAUCCCUCCCACUAACACCUCUUCUCUUCAAAAACCUCGACGAUACGGAUUUCCUCACUGAAGUAGCUUCAGCACACGAUAUCGUCAUCCACGCAGCCAACGGCUAUCACGUCCCCUCCGCUCAGGCCUUUAUUCGCGGUCUUGCGCAACGGAAACGCAAAACAGGACGCGAAGUACACUACAUUCACAACUCGGGGACGUCAAACUUUGGCGACAGACCUGUUUCCAAAGCCUACAUUGUGACGAAUGUGUUUUCGGAUAAAGAUGAUGUUUAUGCUUAUGAGAAGAUGAGGGAAAGAAUUGAGCCGUAUCAUCAACGCACUGCUGAUGUUACCGUUUUUGAACUCGGCGAAGAGUUGGGUGUCAAGACUUAUAUCAUCUGCUCGCCUUUGAUUUAUGGCAGGGGAACAGGCUUGUUUAACAAGUCCUCGAUACAGAUUCCGACAAUGGUUAGGGCUGCUCUUGAGAGGGGACGGGCGAUGUACGCCGGAGAUGGGCUGGGAAUUUGGGAUCACACCCAUAUUGAAGACAUUGCAGCGCUUUACACCCUAAUUCUGGCCAAGAUCCUCAAAGGGGAGGAUGUACCCUUUGGAAAAGAGGGUUUCUUCUUCGCAAACCAUGGUAAACAGUCUUGGCUUGACAUAGCGAAGGAGAUUGCAAGAGUUGGCCAUCAACAAGGAAGACUCGCCGCUGAACCGGAGAGUGUAGGAUUGAAGGAAAUUAGCAAGGCUUGGUUCGAUGGUGAUGAGCAUCUCACUGAGCUUGGACUGUGUUCGAGGUCUGAGACAAGGGGCGAUCGGAGUCGUGAGUUGGGAUGGGAGCCGGUGAAAGAUGACUCGAAAUGGAUCGAGACUGUGACCGAGGAAUUUAUGGCUGCUCUUGAAACUACGGCCUAA